UGUUUGUGAGUACGAAUUAUUCUGAAGUGAUCUUUAUUUUUAAUGUAUCUUUAAUUUGAAAUUCUUAUUAAGAAACGAGUCUGAUUGUGUUUAUUUAAGUAGGUAUCAAACGCGUAGGACUUCUCGCGUGAGCCCUCGUCUCUUUUAGUCAGUUAACUAUUCCGUAUGAUUGGAGACUUAAUUACUAUUUAUUGGUGUACACAUAUAGAGCACAUUUUACGACAGUUUCACAGUCUUAUAGGACGUUCGGUGCGACAAAAUCAGGAAACAAUCACAACUGAUCCUCAUUUCCAAGAAGGACAUGUAAAUAAUCGUGAGUCUUGUGGGUUUACUAUACAGCAAAAAUGGGCUUAUUCAAAAAUUAUAGGACAGAAAAUGCUUUUCAGGAAAUUUUAGCAUUAAUUUGGAUUUUGAAUUUCAUAUCCUCAACACAAGCAACCAAGCUUCCUCUUGAACAAAAUAGUACCAAUAAUUCUGAUAUAUUUCAACCAAGAAAUGAAACUAAGGCUUCACUGUUUACAUGGGAGGAUUACAGUGUUCUUGUUGCGAUGCUUAUUAUCUCCUGCGCCAUAGGCGUCUUUUACGCAUAUUUUGGUGAAAAGCAGCUGACAGGAGAUGAUUUUUUACUGGGAGGAUCUUCUAUGGGAACAUUUCCAAUGGCUUUAAGUUUAGCAGCAAGCUUUAUUACAGCCAUUGAGCUACUAGGAAAUCCAGCCGAAAUGUACGUGGCGGGUGGACAAUUUUGGAUGAUAUGCUUAGCUUUUGUACUUGUAAUUCCCGUGACUAGUCAUCUAUAUCUUCCGGUUUUUAUGAGACUAAGAUUAACAUCAUGCUAUGAAUAUCUGGAAGUCCGUUUCUGCAAAUCAAUGCGUGUUUACGCGAGCGCACUCUACAUGAUGCAAAUGAUAUUGUAUACGGCAGUGGCUGUAUACGCUCCAGCACUCGCACUAUCUGAUGUGACCGGAUUAAAUACGUAUUUGGCAGUAUCAGUGGUUUAUAUAGUGUGCAUAUUCUAUGCAUCUCAGGGUGGAAUGAAAGCAGUUAUUAUGACUGAUACUUUUCAGUCAGCAGUCCUUCUUGGGUCAUUGGCCGCAGUUCUUGCACUCGGUGUAGCCCAAGAAGGUGGCUCUGACUCCAUUUGGGAUCAUGCCCGACGCACUGACCGACUACACUUCUUUGACAUGAAUCCGGAUCCCACCGUGCGACAUUCAUUUUGGUCAGUGGUGGUCGGCGGCACUAUAUACUGGAUAAGCAUGUUUUGUGCCAAUCAAGCUUCUAUACAAAAGUAUUUAUCAGUGGAACGCUUAUCUCAAGCUCGAAUUGCUCUUUGGGUUUCUGCUAUCGGCUUAGUAUCGGUCUAUUCAGUGAAUUUCGCUACUGGGGCUCUCUUAGCCAAUCACUACGCAGGAUGUGAUCCGAUAAAGGCGGGCGUUAUUAACGCUUCAGAUCGUCUCCUACCUCUAUACGUAGUCCGGCAGCUUGGAGAACACCCCGGUGUGCCCGGCUUUUUUGUAGCAGGCAUAUUCGCAGCGAGUCUUGGCACUGUUGCAUCUGCUUUAAAUUCAUUAUCAGCAAUUGCAUGUCAAGAUUUAGCCACUGGGUUGUUGGGCAUCACUUUACCCGAAGAAAAAGGGGCAGCAAUUGCUAGAUGGGUUUGUCUUGGAUGUGGGGCACUUUCUUUCGCACUAGUAUUCGCUGUAGAAAGGUUGGGACCAGUUCUUCAGCUCGCACUCUCUUUCAAUGGUAUGAUCGGAGGUGUCUCACUUGGGCUCUUCAGUCUCGGAAUGCUAUUUCCUUGGGCUAAUGCAAAGGGUGCUAUAGCUGGAGGUGUGUUUGGGCUUAUUCUGGUGGUAGCUGCGGGUGGCGGAGCGCAAUUCGCUCACGUGCCUUUGCCGCGCCUUCCAACAUCGAUUGAUUCUUGCCCAGUAUCUCUCAACAAUACAACCUUUAUUAACUCCGAGCCUGCAGAAAACCACGAUGAUGCUGUUUUCUGGCUGUUUAGAGUAUCAUAUUUAUGGUAUACGAGCUUAGGCUGCGUGGGCACGCUGCUCAUUGGUCUAAUAGUAUCUGUAGUUACUGGAGUAACAGACCCCGCAGAUGUUCCCAUUGAUCUUAUCUCACCACCGGUUAUCAACUUCCUUAAUUCAUUGCCCAUCAAAAUUAAGAAAGCAUUACGAGUGCCAACGCGCAUGGGUUCAGAACGACGCAGGAGUUCCAGCGUAAGACCGCCGAAUUUAGCCGACGACAAAGACACGAGACGUCGUCGCCGGUUAUCUGAACUCGCGGGUGGCGUUUUUUACAGCGACGCCCCCACUCUUACGCGGGGACAUGACAACUUGGCUUUGGGGCUGGAUUCUGAAAAACCCCCACCGGAAGAAGCCAAACGCAGGAGUUUCAAACUCGACGCUCCAUUGAAUCACAACGGUCCACAAACUUCUACGUGUUAAUGUUAGCUUAGUAUGUAAGAGUAUCUUAUUCGAUAAUAAUAGAUGAACUAUAUAAAGCUUAAAGCUAUUUUACAGGAUUCGGCUGAAUAUAAUGUAAUAACAUUCGAUUUUAUUAAAACAAAAAUUAAUAUUAAUGUGAUAAGUAAGUACUUACGUAAACCACACAUUCAUGCAUGUUUACACAUAUUACCUAUAAAUUACACGUACAUUGUGUUGAGAAGACAUAUUGAGUAACUACAUAAUGAUAAGAUAUCCUUGCCCUUGGUGUACUUAUCAUAUCAUCUGACAUUUGAGCAGUUAAUCUUAUGAAAUCUCAAAAUUAACGCAUCGUUGAUUAUUUUAAGUCUCAAAUUGUCUACGCGUCAGUCUUAUGAUUAUUAAUAAUUGACGCUUUGUUAGUUUGUACAUAAAUAAUAACUACUUAUUUUAAUCAUAAUACUAAAAGUAAAUUAUAAGAUUUUUUACUCACUAA